CGCGUCAAAAGGAAGACUGUGACAGAAACAGACCGUCUCUCUCUCACACACACACAUAUGUAUAUACACAGAUACAUAAGCGUCAUUUUCGACGCCAUAUCCGCCUUUUGCAUAUCCCAUAAUCCUCCCUCUUUCCUCGCUACUUUCUGCUAUUUUCUCCUCAGCUCGAUUGGCAUUGGUUGAGCACUUCUGUUUCUCGUGGAAUGUCAAAAUCUCAACUUUUGAUGUGCACGGAUCUUCAGGUUGAGUUGUGAGCUGUGGAGGAAGAGGAGAGUUUAUUGGAUUCUGUCUCUGUGUGUGUUUGAAAAACAAAAAAAAUAAAAAAUAAAAAGAAGAAGAAACUUUAGAGAUGGAGGGAGAAAUGGGCGAAGGACUGAAGAAGAAAAUAACGAUAGGGGUGUGUGUUAUGGAAAAGAAGGUGAAAUGCGGCUCCGAGGCUUUUUCAGGGCCCAUGUUGCAGAUUCUGGAGAGAUUACAAGCGUUUGGAGAAUUUGAGAUAGUGCAUUUUGGGGACAAAGUAAUCCUUGAGGAGCCUAUUGAGAGAUGGCCUAUAUGUGACUGCUUGAUUGCUUUCUAUUCCACUGGCUAUCCUUUGGGGAGAGCUGAAGCAUAUGCUUCUCUAAGAAAGCCUUUCCUCGUCAAUGAAUUGGGACAACAACACCUUCUUCAUGAUCGAAGGAAAGUGUAUGAGCGUCUUGAAAUGUUCGGAAUUCCUAUACCAAGGUAUGCCUUGGUCAACCGAGAAUUUCCAAAUCAAGAGCUGGAUUAUUUCAUUGAAGGGGAAGAUUUUGUUGAGGUUCACGGGAAUCGAUUCUGGAAGCCUUUUGUGGAGAAGCCUGUUGAUGGUGAUAACCACAGUAUCAUGAUAUAUUACCCUAGUUCAGCUGGUGGGGGGAUGAAGGAGUUGUUUCGAAAGGUUGGCAAUCGCUCUAGUGAAUUUCAUCCUGAGGUCAGAAGAGUGCGGCGUGAAGGAUCUUACAUAUAUGAGGAGUUUAUGCCCACUGGGGGAACAGAUGUCAAGGUUUAUACAGUGGGCCCUGAGUAUGCUCAUGCAGAGGCAAGAAAAUCUCCUGUGGUUGAUGGUGUUGUUAUGAGAAAUCAUGAUGGCAAAGAAGUCAGAUAUCCUGUUCUACUUACUCCAGGUGAGAAGCAAAUUGCAAGAGAUGUAUGCCUUGCAUUUAGGCAAGCUGUUUGUGGAUUUGAUCUUCUGCGCUGUGAGGGGCGAUCCUAUGUCUGCGAUGUCAAUGGAUGGAGCUUUGUUAAGAACUCCUAUAAAUAUUAUGACGACGCUGCUUGUGUGUUGAGGAAGAUGUUCCUUGAUGCAAAAGCUCCGCAUCUUUCUUCAACAAUCCCUCCAACACUACCAUGGAAGGUCAGUGAACCAGUUCAACCGUUAGAAGGACUAACUCGUCAAGGCAGUGGGAUUAUUGGAGCAUUUGGGCAAGCUGAAGAGCUGCGCUGUGUGAUCGCUGUUAUCCGUCAUGGUGACAGAACUCCAAAGCAGAAAGUCAAAUUGAAAGUUACUGAGGAAAAACUUUUGAAUUUAAUGCUAAAAUACAACGGUGGACGCCCCAGAACAGAGACAAAACUUAAAAGUGCAGUUCAGUUGCAAGAUCUUUUGGAUGCAACACGAAUUUUAGUUCCUAGAACUAGGCCUGGUCGAGAAAGUGAUAGUGAAGCUGAAGACAUUGAGCAUGCUGAAAAGCUUCGUCAAGUGAAGGCCGUGCUCGAGGAGGGUGGUCACUUUUCCGGCAUAUACAGAAAAGUCCAACUGAAGCCCUUAAAGUGGGUCAAGGUUCCGAAAAUUAACGGUGAUGGAGAAGAAGAAAGACCUACUGAAGCUCUUAUGGUUCUUAAAUAUGGCGGAGUUCUCACUCAUGCUGGCAGGAAACAGGCUGAAGAACUGGGCAGAUAUUUUCGAAACAAUAUGUAUCCAGGUGAGGGCACAGGCCUGCUUCGACUCCACAGUACUUAUCGUCAUGACUUAAAAAUAUACAGCUCCGAUGAAGGCCGAGUACAGAUGUCAGCAGCUGCUUUCGCCAAAGGUCUUCUUGAUCUCGAAGGACAAUUAACGCCCAUUCUGGUUUCACUUGUCAGCAAAGACUCUUCAAUGUUGGACGGACUCGACAAUGCCAGUAUUGAGAUAAAAGAGGCUAAGGCCAGGUUAAGUGAGAUUAUAACUUUGGGAACAAAAGCUGUUCACAACAUUGGUUCACCGGAACAACCUUGGAUGGUCGAUGGAGCUGGGCUUCCACCAAAUGCUUCCGAACUUCUACCCAAAUUGGCUAAGUUAACAAAGAAGGUUACUGAACAAGUGAGAAUUCUCGCCAAGGACGAAGACGAGGAGCUUGCAGAGACAAGUGCUUAUGAUGUGAUUCCUCCAUAUGAUCAAGCUAAAGCACUCGGUAAAACAAAUAUCGACGUGGACCGGAUUGCUGCAGGUUUGCCUUGUGGCAGUGAGGGGUUUCUUCUCAUGUUUGCUCGGUGGAGAAAACUCGAGAGAGAUUUCUAUAAUGAACGCAAAGGGCGGUUCGAUAUAACACAAAUUCCUGACGUUUAUGACUCUUGCAAAUAUGAUCUAUUGCAUAAUGCACAUCUAAAUCUUGAAGGCUUGGAUGAGCUCUUCAAAGUUGCACAGUUGCUUGCAGAUGGUGUUAUUCCAAAUGAGUACGGUAUCAAUCCGAAGCAAAAACUUAAGAUCGGAUCAAAGAUUGCUCGUCGAUUACUGGGAAAAAUAUUGAUUGAUCUGAGAAAUACAAGCGAUGAAGCGAUCAGUGUCGCGGAAUUGAAGAGUAAUCAAGAGAGUAAUUCAGCAUCCAGCACUGUUAAAGAUGAUACAGAUUACCAGUCAAAGCCUCACAGUAAGAUUGAAGGCUCUAGAAGAACUAGCUUCACAAGUGAUGUUUCGAUGGAUCAAGAUGACGAUGAAGACAAAGAAACAAAAUAUCGCCUCGAUCCAAAGUAUGCGAAUGUGAAGACGCCUGAUCGCCAUGUUCGAACUCGGCUAUAUUUUACAUCAGAAUCUCAUAUUCAUUCGUUGAUGAAUGUUCUCCGCUAUUGCAACAUAGAUGAAUCUCUUCAAGGAGAGCCGAGCCUCGUUUCUGACAAUGGUCUUGAACGAUUGUACAACACGAGGGAGCUCGAUUACAUGAGCUACAUUGUAUUGAGGAUGUUUGAGAAUACAGAGGUGGCUUUAGAAGAUCCGAAGAGAUUUCGCAUAGAGAUGACUUUUAGUCGAGGUGCCGAUUUAUCCCCUUUGGAGAGCACCGACAGCUGGUUACAUCAGGAGCACACGCUCCCAAUAAUGGGGCCGGAAAGGCUGCAAGAAGUUGGAUCAUGUCUGACGAUGGAGACGAUGGAGAAGAUGAUGCGCCCAUUCGCCAUGCCGCCGGAGGAUUUCCCUCCACCAUCGAUCCCUCAAGGAUUCUCCGGCUACUUCUCUAAGAGCGCCGCCGUCUUGGAACGCCUCGUCAAUCUCUGGCCCUUCAAUAAACACACCGCUGUUGCUGUUGCCGCUGCCGCUGCCACUGCCGCCGGCGGCGGCAGCAGCUCCACCUCUAACGGGAAGCAUUGAUCCCUCAAAAUCUCAUGUCCUUCCUCAAUAGCUGUCUUUAUCUAUAUAUAUAUAUAUUUACACAGGUGGGUUUAUUACACAUAACUGCACACCAUUUGUUUUGCUGUCUUGAAAGGUACUUUCUUGGAAUAGUUUAAAAUCAAUUUUGAAGACUCAAAGAACUCUUUUUAACA